GACUUCCUUCAGGGAUCCCGCUAGAAGGGUGGGGGGGGAAGGGGGAGGCAGCCCGGCAGCGGAGGUGACACGUAAGUACGGGGUUUGAAUGGUGUCCGAAAAAAAUAUAAAGCGAAGGCGGAGAACCGGCGGAGAAAAGCUACCUUUGGGGUAGUUUGGUACCAACACACACACAGAAAAGUAACUUUAACGGGGAAAAGGCGCUAUUCGAAGAUCCUCUCGCCUUCCACCCAUCCCUGCCAAAAGCGAGAGCCUCUCCAGUCCCGAAGGGGGGGAACCGUCCCCAGCAGCAACGCUGGUUGAUGGUUCACCUUGAAACCCGGCAGAGGAAUUGAUGAAGCAAGGACGAGCCUGCCUGGAGACGUCCCGCUCCUUCUGAACUUGCAUCUCCAGUCCGAGCCCUGCUGGGGACGUCUCCCUUUCGGAUGCCCGGUUGAACCUGGCCCUCCCUUCGCCUGAUCUCCUGGGGAACCCGCAUCCCUCUUUGCAAAGCUGGCUUGCUAUGACCUUGAAUUCCUGGCAGGGGUUGUAAUAAGCUGGUCAAAGUUUGCACCAGGGCCUAUGGCAGCAGCCGUGCGGGAACCAACUAGUCCUUGAGGUUAUUUCCCUGGUUCAUGUUGUGUCCUGAUGCUGCUGAAGUCCUAGGUGGACAUCGACUUGGGUCCCCACCUCCAAGGUAGGGACUAUGGGAAACGGGAUGUGUUCCCGAAAACAGAAGCGGAUCCUGCAGUCCCUCUUGCUCCUCACCGUGGUGUUUGGCUUCAUCUACGGGGCGAUGCUCUACUACGAGUUGCAGAACCAGCUGAGGAAGGCGGAAGCUGUGGCCCUCAAGUACCAGCAGCAUCAAGAGUCCCUCUCGGCACAGUUGCAAGUGGUGUAUGAACAUCGAUCAAGACUAGAAAAAUCUUUACAAAAAGAAAGGCUUGAACAUAAGAAAGCAAAAGAAGAUUUUCUUGUUUAUAAAUUAGAAGCACAAGAAACAUUAAAUAAAGGAAGGCAAGAUUCCAAUAGCAGAUAUAGUGCACUGAACGUACAACAUCAGAUGCUGAAGAGCCAGCAUGAAGAACUAAAGAAACAGCACUCAGAUCUGGAAGACGAACACAAGAGACAGGGAGAUGAUUUCAACCGAGCAGUUGAUGACCACAAGCAGAAAUAUGUGCAGUUACAGCAAGAAAAGGAGCAGGCGAUGUCCAAGUUAAAAGAAUCCAUGUACAAUCUGCAAGAAGAAAACAGACAAUUGAGGAGAUCCCACCAGAAUAUACAUACUCAGCUGCAAGAUGUGAAGUUUCAGCAUAAGAAUUUAAUCUCCCAACACAACCAGCUUGUAAUGACACUGGAAGAACACAAGAGCGCACUAAAAGCUGCGCAGUCUCAGGUGGAAGAAUACAGGCAGUUGAAGGACACCUUAAAAAAGAUGCCCAGUUUCCAGAAACCUGAAAAAUUUGAGUCGCCACAUGGUUUCCCUGCGACACCUGUGCCUUCUCCUCUGAGUGAUUCCAAAACACAGGGCACAGAUGCCGCUAAAGAGCAAAAAGAGAUUAUGCAAAAUGGUGAGCAGUCACAAGAGGGAGAAGAAGCUAUUAAAGUAAACCCCAGGGAAGGAAGAGAACAGACAGCAGAACUUUUUCACCCUGACAGAAAAGUGAUGGAAGGUCACGGGCCACGGGAAUUAAAUAUUCAGGAAAAGCAAGAAGCAGGAGAAGAUGAGGAACAACAUGCAGAGCAAGAUGAAGAAGAGCAGAAAAAAGAAUUAGAAGAAGAAGAAAUGGAGCAAGCUGGGCAACCAGAACACUUAACAGAUGAUCUCGAUCAAGUCCCAGAAGAGCAUGAAUGGAAGGACAAAGAACAGACUGACGAGGAAACCAACAUGGUUGGAGAACACAACCAUUCACAGGAGCCACCCACAGCGAAGAUUGUAACCAGGCACAAAUCACCUUAUGAGCAGCAGUUGGAGCAACAGAAGCUGGCUGCUCAGAGAGAAGAAGAAGCCACCCGCCUAAGAGAGCAUCAGGAGGCUCUGCACCAUGAGAGGCUUCAGGAGCAGUUGCACCGGCAUCAGCAACUUCAAGAGAGAGAGCUGAUGCUGCGGAGACAGGCCGAACAGGAUGAAGAACAAUUUAAGCAACAACUCAGCCAGCAAUCCCACUAUGACAAUGUAGAUCAGGAUAUCGUCCAAGGAGGAGAAGGAGGUGUACACGAAGAAGAUGAAGUAAAUUAUGAGAGACAUAACCAUCAUCCAAGAAGAGCCGAAGAUGAUGAUCAGAAUAAUGCAAAUGAUCAACAGGACCCAGAGCUGGAGCACCAGUCAGAGAAUGAGCAAAAUGAAGAACCAAAGACAGUCAUGGAUGAUAUCAACCCAGCUGAUGAUCCCAACAACCAGGGAGAAGAUGAAUUUGAAGAAGCAGAGCAAGAGAGGGAAGAGAAUAUCCCUGAAGAGAAUAAGGAGCUAAAACCAAAUAACCAGAAACGCAAUUCUGAAAUGGAAGACCAUUUGGUGGUGGUGGGCAAUCCAGAUCAGAAGGAAGACAAUCUGGAUGAGCAGUACCAGGAAGAGGGAGAAGAAGAGGUAAGCCAAGGAGAUCUACCCGAAGAGAAGAAAAGGGAGCUGGAACACAAUGGUGAAGAUCCAUAUGGGGAAAAUGAUGAAAAUGCUGAAGAAAAGGUGAGCGAAGGAGUUGAUCAAGAGGAAGACAUUCAGGGGAAGCAACAGAAAGAAGGACACGAUGAAAACUAUGAGGAAGAGGAAGAGGAAGAAGAGGAAGAUGGUGCUCCUGUUGCAGAUAAAAGCCGCCGCCGAGGGGAAUGUAAUUCUGGGAUUGUUUCUUGACAUUACGUGGAAGAAAAAGGAACGAGGGCAAGAACAAAAUUGUGUAGAUUCUAGAGAGAGAGAAAGAGAGAGAGAAAAUGAGCCUUUUAACAAAAAUGAUAUAUUAUAUUUUUUUUUAUUGGAGGGUUUUUGUGCAUUUAUAUGAAUACAGUAUUUUUAGGUUGCAUUCUUAAUAUAAGUUUUAUGGAACAAAAAUAGAAUAGGAAAAGUAUUCUUUUUUUUCUUAAUUUUUAUGGUGCUUUUUUUUUUUUUUUAAGGGUGCAUGUGUUUUGUUUGGCAUUGCCCAAAUGGUGAGAAGCCAAGGUAUUCUUUAAGCCAACGAUAAAACUAGUGCCUGAGUUUGAAGCUUGAGGAAGGGCUGACUGCUUCCCUAUAUCUCAAUUCAUUCACUUCUGUGAGCUUGCCGGUUGCUGACCUGCUCUGUGAUCGUUUUGGUUAGAAUCAGUUUUCCCAGGUGUCAUAGAAUGCAGAUGUUGUUAGCACAGAUUUAUAACAGCUUAUGUUGGCAUGUUCCAAAAGGCACAGUGAAAGGUGAAUGAAUGCCUGACCUUGUGUCAGAUCAGAGUGUUCAUUUCACUUCUAUGUUUGUAGGCCGACUAUUACCCUUCUGUCCAACCUUAUGAACUCCCCAGUGGUUGCCCAUCAUAUGACACAGAAUGCUAGUCUAGAUGGUUGUUUUGUUCUGAUCAGCAGGGUAGCUUUUAUGUUUGGUUCUGCCUUACAUGACCUAGUUCUUCUUCAGGGGUGUUAGGAUUGCAACUGGGUAGAAAUUUGGGGACUUAACAGCCAUAACUCAACUAGAUGGUAUGAAGCUGAAAAAUCCGCCUUAACCCAAGAUUGGUUGUCAUCCAUUGAUCAAGAUAGAAUGUUCUUAGUCUUUCACAUUGACUUGUUUUCAUUUUCUAUGAAAGCGCACAUUUGAAAACUAUGGAAAUUGCUUCUUGAGUGGACCUGUGUACAUUUUUGCUAUUAGAAACUCCCAUUUUGUCUAGUUUAAAAGGUGAUAUGUAUAUGUGUGUCUCUUCUUCCUCUGGUUUAUUUGCAGUCAAUCAUACUUUGUUUUUCACCAUUGUCUAAUUUAUAAAAAGUCACACUGGACUAACUUUUUAAGUUUUUAAAAAAUAGCUUUCCCUAAAGGCCUUUUCUUUUAUCACAAUGAUCUUGGUUAUAUCAAUUCAAAGUACAGGAAGUAUUUUAUACAUACAAAAAGCUAGUGUGUUGGGAUUAAUCGAAUAGUACAGGAUUGGAAGUAUAUUUAUAUAUUUUUUUUCUUGUUGAGUAUCUUGGUCCAAAAGUCCAGAUGGCUGUUCUUUAUUGCACUGGAUUUUAGCCCAGAUUUGUUAGCCCUGUCACCCCUCUAGCAUCUGAAACAGUACAGCAUAGACACAAGUUAAUCACUUAAGUUUAGUCAUGGAAAACUUUACCUGGUGUCUAAUAUACCAUAUGUUCUCUAUUCUACUCUACAAAGUUCCGCUUGCACACCCCUUCCAUUAUCCAUGCUCCCUAUUUUUAAGGCACUCUUUCUUGUUUUGUUUAAAUUUUAAGGGAUGUUUCUAGUAGUCAUACUCACAAGAGAAUUAGAUAUUGUUUUCCUCAGAUAUUCUGGUCUUAAAUGGACUUUUUCCAUAUACUUGUUUUGGGCCAACUAUGAAACAUUUAAAAAAGGAAGAUGUGGAUAGCUAGAGGGAGCCUUUGGCCAACUCUCUUGCUUUAUUCAUGCUUGUAUUUCUGACGUCAAGUUCUUAAUAACUUCCAAAUGAUCUUGGAGCAUCUUUAUUGUUCCUUAGGGUGCUAGGAAACAGAGGCAAUUUUCUUUUGAAUCUGCUCAUCUUUGGAACUAAGUAUGAGAACUGUAUGUCAACUGACCAAUCUGUGUCAAAAUCGGUAACCGAAUGUUUUCAAAUGCUCAUAGUGUUUGAAGUUUCAAUACUUGUAGCCAUUCCUGUCUUCUUCAGAUAUUAGACUUGUUUUGAUUAACCAAUAGUGCUUGCCUCAUGCACUUGCUGAUGGACUAAUCAAUAUACAUUAAUAUGUGCAUGCACAGAAGGUAACAGUGCCUCCACCACCUGAUGCUAUAAGGAUCACAAAUGCUGUACAACUACCUGGGAAGUAAAAGCUUGUUCCCAAACACAAUAGACUAUGACCUCCAACACAUAUUCUAUGCAGAUCCUGGAAAGAAGCCUCUCACCUCCUGUGCCACAGAGCCCUGAUGAAGAUCCCAUCCCAAAAGUCAUUUUCCUCACUAUAAUUCUCCCCCUUAUCUUUUGCACAAGAGGGGGAAUUUCACAUAUACACACAUUGGGGGAAAAUCCCAAGUUCAAGGUUUAUUCAAUGUUUCUGCUUGCAUCCAAUAAUGUCAGGUAUGUGAACCGUAUAUGUGGAUUUCAUUAUGUUUAUACUGGUCUUUAGCCUGUAUUGGUCUCUGGUGCUACUCCCCCCCAUCCCCCCCCCUUAAUACAGUGCACUGGGAAUAGGGGAUAUUCGUGAAGUUUGUCAAAUGUUUGUAACUUGCAGUAUAUGCACAUAUACACAUAUGCAUACCUACCAAUAUCCUUGCACAUUUCAAUUAUUUAUGGCAGUCUUCCCCAACUCGAGCAUGGACUUUACUUCCCAGAAUUCCGCAUCUUAGCAUGGUGAUUACUGAGAAGAGUUUGAAGGUUUGGAAGAUUCCUUCAUGCACAGGCCAAUUGUACAUCUUCUGGGACAAUGGUUUUUCAAAUGUGGCAGCUUGAAAAUGUGUGCACUUCAACUCCCAGAAUUCCCCAGGUAAUUGAAGAAUUGAAACUCCACACUUCUUCAAGUUGCCAAGGUUAGGACACAAUAUUCUAGAGCGUUUUUCAGAAGCACAAAACCUUCUUCAGAUCAUGUGUGAAAUUCCAUUUUAUUUGCAUCACAGGAAAAAAAUAAUAAUUCAAUGCUGGAGAAUCUUUUCCCUUUUUUUUUCUUUAAGAUACACCACAACCACCAUAAUGGAAAAUUUCAUUUAGUCUUUUUAUAUGAAUGUAAUAUAAUUCAUUUUGUACUAACCUGAUGGUAUUUACUUUUGUAAAUGUUUUGAACCAUAUCUUUAUACAUUUUUUUAAAAAAUGAUUUUGUGUUAAACAUGGCAUCCAAUUGUAUAUGUAUAACAAUACAAAUCUGAGUUUACUAAUUAAACAAAAUUAUCUUACAGGUGGUGAAAGAACUUCCCUGUUUACAGUUAUGUAAAGUGUAUGAUAUGUACAUACCCUUUGGAAUACAAAUAUUUUGAUAAAAUUUUGUGUAUUUUUCAUGCCUUGGGGCAGUAUUUAAUUUUUCUGAGGCUUUAACUGAAGACCAUCAAUAAAUGGUAGAAUUUGAAAUAA